AUUACAAAGCAUGACGGGAGCGUUCCUGGAACAAAGUGCCCGGAUGUGCUAUGGCAGCUGUCUGUUUUUUCGAAUACUAGAAUUUUGGACCUGCGAAGAGAUUCUAAUGAAUCAGAAGACCAUCGCAACGGGAGCAUGCCAGCCCUGCAUUUUGCCAAUGAUAUGUCACGGGGACAUAUAACGGAGAAGCUGAGCUCUUCGCUUCGUCGAAAGGUCGAGUCCGUUGAACCUGCAGACUUUGAUUCACAGUUCCAAGAAACGGUGUCUGCCGCAGCCAAACAAGUCCUUCUUCAAAAGGUGGAGUUUACCCCUGCUAGAAAGCCAUUUUCAUACGAACUGGAUAAGCUGAAAUCAAAGUAUAUCCGACUGAAUCCGUCAGCAACACCCAGUAAGGCUUUGGAGUCAGAAACCUCUGCCUCAGGUUCACGAUCUAAAAUGGAAGGAAAGCACAUGCUUGAUGAUGGCAUCCCACCACCAAAGAGGGUUCUGUUUGCCCCUGAGAAAGUCCGGGUCCAGUGGGACAAAGUUGCAAAAGUAGGGGUGGGGCUGGACAACAUGGGGAACACCUGCUUCCUCAACUCAGUUAUCCAGUGUCUCAGUUACACAGCGCCUCUGGUCAACCACCUCAUGUCAGAACAUCAACAAUCAUGCCGAGUCAGCGACUGGUGUAUGAUGUGUGAGCUGGGACGUCAUCUGCACAGAGUAUUCAACAACUCAAACACUCACAGCAUCAGGCCAAUGACCAUCAUUAAUAGGCUCAAAAGUAUAGCAAAGACAAUGCAGUUUGGUCGCCAGGAAGAUGCCCAUGAGUUUUUCAUGAACGUGGUGAACGCCAUGCAGAGGGCUUGUCUCAUGAACUGUAACAUCAACCCAAACAAGAACGUUGAUACCUCAACAGCUGGUACCACCAUAGUGUACCAAGUAUUCAGUGGCUUCUGCAGAAGUCAGGUACGCUGCUGCAGGUGCUCAAACUUGAGCAACACCUUUGAUCCCUUCUUAGAUCUCCCUUUGGAUAUCCGGGGUUCGUCAGUGCAACAGUGCCUUGAGCGCUAUGUAAGAGCUGAGCAGAUGUCAGAUGAAAAUGCAUACUUUUGCGAGAAGUGUAAAAGGAAGUGCCAAGCUGUGAAGAAGCUCAGCAUACACAGAGCCCCCAACGUCCUUACCAUAUCUCUUAAAAGGUUCAACAACAUGGGCCUGAAGGUUACUAAAGAAGUCCAGUACUCAGAAACGAUCAACUUGAGAGCAUACAUGAGCCAAGAGGGACCGCCUGUAAUCUACAAGCUGUAUGCAGUGCUGGUUCAUCAGGGGUUCUCCCCCCAUGGUGGACACUACUACUGCUUUAUCAAGGCCCCCAAUGGAAUCUGGCAUAUGAUGAACGAUAGCUUGGUACGACAGGUAGGGCUGAACACAGUGCUGUCUCAGCAGGCUUACCUGUUGUUCUACGUCAGAAUACCAUCAAAGGAAACAGGAGCAACCUCAGCAGCCACUGCUGGCUCAACCCCUGCUAAGAUUGCUAAGAAUGGGCCUCAAGGGAUUGCUAAGACUAAAGUCAACACCAUUGCGACAUCUGGAGUUCCAAGGCAUGCCUUCAUCGGUCCCCAGCUUCCCCCUCACAUGAAGAAAACCCAGGAGACCAAAACCAAUGGAACAGUGUCCAAUGGACCACUGGGAGUCCACGUGCCACGCCAGAGCCCACCCGUCCACAAGCCCCAGGCUGCUGCAUCCACCCCGAAGACAAUCCCAGCCCCACCUAAGGUGGAGAAGAAGUCCUCCAUCUUCCGCCCCUCCAGCAUUCCUCCCCAGUCCCAGCGGGAGAAGUUGGCGUUCUCCAUCAAGAAACUGUCGGUGCAGCCAGCAGCAGCUCCUGCAGCAAAACCAGAGGAGGCUCAAACACAGCAGAAGAGGGAGGACGGUUUGACAAAUGGCGUGGGGACUGUCGCCACCAAGGUCAACGGACACUCUGGGGCAGCUGCUGUCCACAGCUCUGGCACAGCAAUGGACUCCAUCGUGCCCUAUUCUGAUGAAGAGUCAUCAGACAGUGAUGAUGAGGGCAGGAAUGGCCAUGUUGCCAUAAGUGCAAAGGGAUCCACCAACGGAAGUGUAAAAUCGGAGGCUGAGAAUUCAGAAAGGCUGCUGAAAAAAGGAGAACCUGUUCAGCCUGGUCCUGCCAGUGAUGCAAAAACACUGAAUGGUGCCCCAUCCUCUACUUCCGCCUCGAGAAAAGAGCAGAAGGAACAUCCCAUGACCCCAGCACACAGUGCCAAGCCUGAAGAAAUCGCCACUCCUGAACAUGAGAAGGUUAACGGACAUUCUGUGGUUAAGUCUGAUGAGGAGACUACUAGUAAGGACGAGGAAGCCAUCGGCUCAGCUCAACAAACCUUGGCUCCCUUUGCAGCCUUCCGUCACAAUCGAGUUCGGUCCAGCAGUGGGGAAUGGACAGUUGAUGAUGUGAAACACUUGCCUAAUGCCCCCAACAAUCUUACAGAAGGCAUGUCUCCUGGUGCCAGAGCUUCAGAUCUGCAGAACAAAGACAAAACUGAGGAUUCACAAGGCGCAGGGAAUGGUUUGGACGACAACAGACAACAUCAGAGCCACCACACAGACAUAAGGAAAGCAGAGUCCUCAGCAACCAACCACAACGGCACACACGUGGAGAAGAAACAGUCCGAAGCCAGUCAUGUUUCUGUGAAACAUGAUCAUUCAUCUAAUGACCACUCUCAAGAUCACAGGAAGAAACUGAAAACUGAAGAGUCAAGUAUCAGCAGGGACACGUUCAGUCACAAUGACACAUUUAACACAGUUGGAACAAAUGGUACAGCCAGUAGGUCAGGUAGUUCUGACAAAGAGAGUUCGUCCUCAAGUAGACACUACUCAAAUGACUCGGGGUAUCUCAGUGUGCAGCAUUCAGAUACAAGAGACUCAAGGAAAGACCCUGAAGUACAGAGGAAGCGAAGACACAGUGAUUCGGAGGAUUCUGAUGAUUCUGGAUAUGAAAAGAAACGCAAAAAGCACAGAGAUCACCACCACCAUCAUAGACUUGUAGAUAAGGUCUCAAGAAAACACAAGAAGCACAAGAAGAAGAAGAAAAAGCAUGAAAAGGAAAGAGAUGAACACAAACUAAACACAGCAACCCGAAUAGACAAUAAAAGUCAAAGAAAACACAAAAGAAAUUAUGAAGAUGACCCUCUUGACCAGGAUUUGGAUAAGAAAAAACACCACCAGUACGAAAAGCGACCUGAAAAACAAGUGAUUUCCCAGCGGUGGGACAAGGAUAUCCAUGAUGGGUACAGACGGCUCAGCGAUGGAGGGCGCAGCUCCAAGAGCAGUUCCUGGGACGGCAGGUUGACGUCGUCUUCACGAUCCAUCGACGAGCUACUGGAGAGGUCCAACAACAAGGGAUACGGGGCUAAAGUGCUCUCCUGGGAGGGAGACAGGAGUUACGUGGACCGGGAUGUGGACCAUGACAGGCACUUCCACCGAGGUGUGAGGGACGAGUGGGAUGAGGAGUUGGACAGGGGGAAGACAAAAAAGGUGAAAUCACACAGGUCUGAGCAUUACCGUCGACCCUUCAAUGUAUUCCAGAAGAUCUCAGAUGCCAAGCAUAAAUACAAGGCAUAUCGGGAUGGCUACAGUAAACUGCAACCCAGUCAUAGCUGGCAUGGUCGCUAAACCAGACCUGGCUUGGACAGAGGUUUUGUGUACAUCUUGGACGAUUCUUUUCCCAAUAUUCAUUUUCCCUCGUAUUAAGCAACUGCCACAACUAUAUAACUUGCAAAAUUGUAAAUAUGCCAUGUACAGACACUGGCCUUCAAUAAGGACUCCCGUGCAACAUUAUUAUAAUCAAUAUUGAUAUCCCCUUUUAAUUUGUAAGUCAUUUACAAUGAUAGAUCACAUAUCUCAUCAAGUCAAGUUCUAUAUGCUGCAAUAUGUCUUAUUAAGUGUUAUAUCAAUUAUAUACAAUAGUAUUUCUUACACAGAAGUGUGAAGUUGAUGCUGUACUAUCUCAAUUACGAGUUGGUGCUUGCCACAGUACAAUGUGUUUACAGCUGCACAAUAAGGCAAAGGUUGCAAUAGCAAGUAUGUCAGUAUCUUCAAAAGGGGAAACUUCUCUGCCUUUAUGUUGUGUCACACAGCUUGCAUGGGGACCACAGCAAACUUUGUGACACAAGAUGAAUCAAAGCUGGGCCAUGAUGAGGAAGAUAUUGUAUAUAAUUCAUUACAUCCAAAUUUCCAUAACCCUAGCGGUCUAACCAUAAGGCUAAUUUUCUAAUUUGUUUUUGCAGUCUUUAUUUUUUUAAGAUUCUUGGCCUCAGCAGAAAUCUAUAAAAGCACUAAGGUUUUGUUUUUUUCAUAACUCUGGACAUUACAGAGCCCCUUUAUGCCAAAGUUCGUAUGCACCCCAGAUUUAUAUAAAUUUUUUUGUAAUUUUCCCUCUCUUUAAGUACUUUACAGAAUAGAGUGGAGUAGUAUAGUACAAGCCAUGGCAUGAUAUACUACUCAAAUUUUAAUAUACUUUACUGCCAUAAAUAUAUGAGAUGUGAGAUACUAAGAUGUACCUGGCAUUUUUCAGGUUUGUAAUUAGACUUGGAAACCAGGAAGAGUGGUUUCCAUCUAGCUGCCACUACGAUGAUGUAAUCCUGAAUAAAUUUUACCAUCUGCAAACACUCAAAUUUCGCGAGUACAUGUCUUCUGUGCAGAAAGCUGGAUGUAUUCUGCUGCGUUCAUACAUAUGCCUGAUAAUGGAGACCCCUUACAGGACAUUAAGGAAACUACUGUAUUACUGUCUUACAGCAAUGCAUUUUACAGAAAGGAGUGCUAGUAUUUCAUUUCCCUCUUUGUGCAUAUUACUGUCUUAGCAACUUUUUUAUGGAAGGAAACAUGUAUACAAUAUACAUGUAGUACAUCAGUUUGAAAGGUGCCACUUCUCUUCUCACAGUAAAUGUUGAAUCUACACACUGUUGAGCCUUCUUUAGGGGACUGCUGUGAAAAAUUAUACACAUAUAUUAUACAUGAUGUAUAUCCAAGUUGUGAUUGGUAACCUUCUGUCAGAAGUAACUAGAAUGCAAGAGUCACUUGGAAUGUAUAUGGACGUUUUCGAUGAUGGUAAUUGUGUACACUCACAGAUAUAUCUGAAUGUACAUUGUAAGGAAUAUUGUAAACUGUAACUUUAAGACAGUAACCAGACAAGGGCUUCUGUGACAAGAAUUAGAUUCAGAUUACAA